AUGCCUUUCCCGCCUGUAACAAGACCACGGAGUCUUCCCAGCUCGGGCAAAGAGAAACUUUCAGGACUAUCACCUGUCAUUCUGGUCAAGACCGCGGAAGAGAAAAGUUCUGUGAAGGAACGGCUCAAGAAGUUGAGCAAGAAGGCCACGCCACACAAAGGUAAGCUACCUACCAGUCGGGCCCCUUCUGGCUUGAGGAUGGAGGGUAAAAGCACUUGGAUUACAACUCCAAGUCCCGCUGAUCCUUUAGGUUCCUCGACCCCAACUUCUUCUAAAAGUACUUCUGGCAAUAGUACCUCUACAACCAAUUUGGCAACAGCCUCCUCAGUGAAAUCCUCUAGCAAGAAGAUGUUUCCUGUCAGCGUUUCAGCAACAAACAUUCCCACAAACUCUUCUAGUCCAUGGGCUUCGUCAGGAUCAGGCCAUGGACUGAAUAGUGAAUGUAACUUCUCUCUCAACUUGACUCCUGAGGCCACCUUGCUCCUGCAGAAACGUAGCCGUGAGAAGCAGCUCCGUGCCGUCCGUGGCACCGCACCACACCAGAAAGACCGUCUGCAUGCCAAGCCAGGUUCUCGAUCCAACAUCCCACUUGUGAAGAUCUCUCUUCUAAACGAGCAUCACCGAUAUGAUGAUGUGGAAUAUGAGAAAGAUGAACAGAGUGUGGAUCAGAGCGUUCUGCUGAAAUGUUCUGAAUGGUUGCGAGGGGUGGAGAAUGCUGCUGGAGCUACAGUCUUGGGUAGAGUGGACAAAAUCAGCCAGAAGAGCAUUUAA